UCCGACAUCAUGGCAGCAAGCGCCAUCCUUCUGCUGCUGUUUGCGUUACUGGGGUUUGGCUCAGCUGAGGACUUUUAUGGAGAUAGUGUUAGUUUUGUUCAUCCGCACAAGGACCCUGAUGGAUAUUUUAAGGUAGCCUUUCAUCACAGACAGAAUGGCAGGAAUCAUUGUGAUUAUCCGUCAUCCUAUACAUGCAUGGAGUGUACGAGUUUCGACAACAACAGCGUCAUGCAAACAGACCAGGACAACUCAGGCCAGGACAGGUGGUGUCAGUCUGAAGGACAUACGAUGGCCAAAGUCUCCAUGGACGCUUCAUACAUUUCCCUAAGUAAUGCAGGUUGCUGCUGGGCAACUAACAACGAUGCAAAAACAAAUUGGACAGGCCAUGCCCAUUUGGACCUCAGUAUUCGAUCUGACACCAAAGAUUUUAACAAUUGUCCUGUAACUACGACGGUUUCCUCACUAAGGGUGCCCCAGAACUGUUUUUCAGAGAUUCAUCUUUUGGCUUAUGAUCCAGAUGGAGAUAAUGUGAAGUGUCGUUUGGUUGCAGAUGUUGCAGUUCAUGCUAACAUUACUCUGAAUACGUCUACCUGCACACUAGACAAAACAGGGGAGGUCAGUGAUGGUGUCUAUGUGUUUGAGUUGAUGCUUGAGGACUUCCCCACAAAUAACCUUAAUUUAUCCUACGCAAAUGGAACUUCUACAUAUUGGGAGAGCUCUAAUGACAACUCACCACCACUCUGCAGCCUAAAACUGCAGUUUCUAUUAGAAAUCCUCUCACCAUUGCCAGUCUGCGAACAUGGUCAUGUGCUGCCCAAAUACUUGUACCCAACACCCAAACAUGGCGAUGUGCUUCAUGCCACAGUGGGACACAAAUUCAUGCUUCAUGCAGAAGCACAGGCUCACCAUGCCACCAUUACUGACUUCCAGGUCAGUGGCCCUUAUAACAUGACUAAAGAGUUCAGUGAUGAUCAACAUGGAAAAGCUGGGCUUAAGCUGACCUGGACACCACAACACAGUGAUGUGGACCGAGUUGCUCCAGUCUGCUUUACUGCCGAGACAAAUGAAUCUCAAUCAGAGAUGAGGUGUGUUGCAGUUGUGGUGAGCGAACCGACGCCCUUCCAUGGUAAAACAGAUGUGACGUGCAUGGCAGACAAGAUGAUGGUUGCCAUUGAGAGAUCUACAUUGCCUGAUGUGGAUGUGAACUAUAUCUCGCUUAUGGAUCCGUCAUGCUUGGUCACUCAUAAUGAUACUCACAUCAUGGGAUCAAUGAUGUUCGGCAACUGUGGCACUACAUUUGAGGAAUCAGACAACUACAUAUUCUUCAAGAAUCAGAUCCAAACAUUACGCAAGCCAGAUCAAGUUGUAAUCCGAAGAAAGUCAGUGAAGAUCAGCUUUUCUUGCCAGUUCCCCAAAACCGCCAGCAUCUCGUCCAGUUACAAUGUCCAGAAGUCCAACUACGUUUUCAGCGACUCUGAACUGGACAGCUUCAGUUAUUCUUUCGACGUGUAUACUGAUGGCAACUUCACAGCUAAAGUGCAGCCCAAUGCCUAUCCAGUGGAAGUUGAGUUUCUACAAAAGAUCUUUUUAGGCAUCAAGGCUGACUCAGAACUAGCCAAUGUGAGUUUCUUUGUGGAGUCAUGCAAAGCCACCCCGGAUGACAACCCUGACAACGCCAUCUUCUAUGACCUUAUCAAGGAAGGAUGUCUGAAAGAUGAGUCUCUAAAAGUCCAAGCAGUUGAUUCAAUGACAUUCCACAUGGAGGUUGAAGCCUUCAGAUUUGAUGGAAGCAAUAAUCAGGUGUACAUUACCUGCACUGUCCUCAUCUGCGACACCAACAAUCCGUUCUCCAGAUGUGCCAUGGGAUGUCACAACGAGGCGUUCCGCAGACGCAGGAGAUCAGUGGGUGUGCAGUCCUCUAUCCAGUCCCUCAUGCAGGGUCCAUUUCAGUUUGUCUACGAGGCUCUUCCGAUUGCUACUGUAAACCACGAGGAUGUCAUGAUGAAGGUAGCUGAUGCUGAGGAGAUGAAGGCCGCCGAACGGGUGAAGAUUGCUGAGAUAGAGAACAAUGCUCUGAUGAAAAAGAGUGACAUGCUUGUGCCAGUUUCUUCAGAAACCCAAGGACACAUGGCAAUCAAGGAGAUGCUCAGCAGCAACAUCAGCACUGGGCUCUUUGCUGCGGCGUGCUCAUUGUCCGUAGUAGUGUUGGCAGUGGUUGUCGCCUAUUACAAUCGAAAGCGCAAAGAAGACGAACAGAAGCCUCUUCUGCGUGGUUACUGAAUGGGAUAACUGAAUCCUGCUAUUGAUAAUUGAUGUCCUUUAGUCUAACUUUCCUUUUUGCAAACUGAUUCAAAUCCUGAUGAUGGAGAAAAUGGAUGGAUGGAUGGAAACACAUUAUUGCCUUUUUCAAAUAUUUUGCAUGCCAUUAUCUUUGAUGGUGGAUGAUUUGACACGGGCCUGGAUUUUUUGGAAGCUGGACAUUAACUAACAAAAGUUAUUCACAGUAAAGUCAAGUAUUUUAGGGCGAACUUUCCCAUGAAUAUAAAUUCAGAAAGUUGAUAAAUGACGAUAAAAUAAAUUGUUACAUCAUGCAGUACUUAGAAUUGACUGACAUAGUUUCUGCCGUGUGACAAUCACAUCUCCAAAUUGGUUGAGAUUGGCCUAUUUAUUAAAAUGGGCAUACAGUACAGUGUUCGGUAUAUUUUUAGUACAUUGUAGUACGAUUUUAUACCAAACUACAUAGGGUUUAGAGUGUAUAAGGUGUUUUAAAAGCAUUGGAAGUGUUUAUAAGUGUGUGUAAAAGCUUUGUGGAGUGUGUGGAUGCAUUAUAAAGUUAAUAAAUGCAUAUAAUAUUAAUAAAAAUUACAAAUUGAAAAGCAUGUCUACUUGGCAGAACUUCGAGGGAACACUGUAUAAUUAAAGAAACAACAGUAUUAUCUGAAAAUCAACUGACAAUGCCAUUUGAAAAAUAUAAUAUGAAAGGACAAAGUUUUAUGCUCAAAAAUAUAAAAUUACACUUUUUUGUAUGAAUAGAAGAUUAAAACCUAAGACACCACGGAUCACCUUUCAAGCUAUUUUUAUAAAAAAUACCUAUUUUACCUCUUUUUAGUCUGACUGACUCGACUGACUGUUUUUGUUUUGUUUUUCAUCAGCAUACAAACAUCAUCUUACUCCUUACUCACCUUGCAGGUCAAUGUCAUCAUUCUAAGUCUUUAUUUCCUGUGUCUCUACACUGUUUACAAACAUAUAUAUGCAGAAAUCAUAAAAAUAAAGUGCUUAAAAAAAUCUUACUCCUUACUCACCUUGCAGGUCAACGUCAUUAUUCUAAGUCUUUAUUUCCUAUGUCUUUACACUGUUUACUAACAUAUACUGUAUAUGCAAAAAUCAUACAAAUAAAGUGCUUAAAAAUAUAUAAAGAUUUAGCUUGUUGUUGACAGCAGGGAAUAAGUUAAAAAGAAAUGGAAUGCAGCUGUAAAUGUUAACAUUGUGAAUGCUUCUGAAUGUUUGUUUAAAUAACACGGGCCGAUUCAGGCCACAGCUGAACACAAACUGGACCAGUUUGGCUGCAUGUGCAGUAGUUUAAAGCUGUCAAUCAAAUCUCCUUACGUAAAACUAAAUUCCAUUCAAUCUUGUUUACCCGUUUUUGAAUAGCACAAUAUCACAUGUCAAUAUUGUGAGGGGUCUCAGCAAUUAACAUCAGACACUGACAAUAAAAACAUCACAUACUACAUAACACAUGUAGCCAUUCUAAAUAUAGGUGAAAUAGUUGCACUUGUAUUAUUCAACCCUCAUUGCUUACUAACUAAUGAAAAUUCAAGACGUUUCAAUUAUCCUAAACAACAACGUGUGUAAGGUCAAGUGUUGGCAUCAUGAUUGUGGUUACUUGAAACGAUCUCAGAAUAGUAUGAGGUACAAAAUGUUGCUAUAAUAGUAGACUUAGACUUAGACUUAGACUUCCUUUUUAUUGUCAUUCAAAUUUGAACUUUACAGCACAGAUAAAAACGUAAUUUCGUUACAUAAGCUCAUGGUAGUGCAGGAUAAAAAAG